AUGAAGACCUCCACAAGUGCAGUCUUGGCCGGCCUCGUCGCCGUUGCCACCGCCGCAAUCCAGCUCGAGGUCCGCUACAGCGACACGAUGGUCGACGUCGGCACCCUGGACCUCAUGAAUGUGACUCGCAACACCAUCUACGCCGAGCCGGGCAAUGAGCGCUCCAUCCUGACGGACCGCACCCACCAGGCCAUCACACGGACAUGCAAGUCCAUCGAAGAAGGGGCCGACGUGACAGUACAGGUCAAGAUGACGGGAGCCUGGGGCCGCACCCCUGGCCUCGACAAAAACGAUAUGCGCGAAGGCCUCGUGGCCGGCAUCUUCGAGGCGCUCAAGCAGGUCUCGGACGACGCGGGCUACGAGGUCUACAGCGAGUGCAAAGGUAGCACGUGGCAGGACUCGGUCGCCCACGUGCCCGAGGCGGCGUGCGGUCGGGCGGCAUCCUCGGGCCAGACCUGCGACGGCCCCUGCCGCAACGCCGUGGCCAGCCCCGGCACCACGCAGUGCUUGAAGCACGACUGGGGCCACCGCGUGCCGUCGAUGAUGCGCGUCACCGCUUACAUCGACGACGCCCUCCAGCCCGACGACCUCAUCUUCGAGUUCGCCUCCACACAAAACAGCCAGGGCGGUGGCUGCGGUAACGUUGGCAAGAUCGCUGGCAAGCUGGCUACGUACACCAUCCCCGUCGUUGGAGGCUUGUUCGCCGAGGGUAUCAACCUCCUGUGCGCCAGCUAA